UCAAGACCUGCGCGGAAAGCGCUGCGCGAUGUUCGAAAGGCCCGCGCUGAGUCACAGCAGCCGAGAGCAACAAGUUCAAAUUCGACCGCUCCACCAAGCGGACGCACAACGUGAAAGAGAGGCGCCCCCAAAAAAACAGGAGUCACUGACUGACUGCCGACGAAACCGCUGAAAUGAAUCGGAAUAUCCACAGUUCCCAGUUGAGUCUUGUAUUUUUAUUGACGCUGUUAUUGAUUAUCGGAGUCGUUGUGGCCGACGAUCGAACUUCAGAGAAGUUAGAAACAAAUGAUGGUGAAAUUCGAACGUUCUUCGAUUAUAUUUUCGGCACGGUCAAUACAGGAGGCCAACGCACCGGAAAAACGCUCCAAACAGGAAGAACUUUUGGCUUCAGAAAGAGAAUUCAAUUCAUGCUAAUGCCCUUGGCUUACAAAAUGGGCGUGAUGAUGACCAUGUUGGCAGUACUGACAGUGAUAUCCCUCAAGGGGCUAAUGAUUGGUACUAUUCUGCUGGUGUUGAAGCUGAGUGCGAUCUUCGGUAAGCUGUACGCCAGUUGGGACCACGCUGGCCACUCGUCCGCAGGCUGGGCGUCACCGCCGCAACCUGUUCACGUGCACGUCCACAAUAGCGGCGGCACCGGUGGUUGGAGUAGCCACUUUCAACCUGCCUAUGGUGGCUGGGAUGCCCCUGCCAGCGGUCCACCUAAUGAACAUUACUAUUACAAAGGAUAAUCUUGGAGUGGAGAUGCCUUUGAAAUAGCGAUCUAACGCUUAGAGAUUUAUCGUGCAUAGCAAUGUUGAUUUUCGAUCAUAUCGUGAAAUAUUUAUAUCGCAAUGUGCGCCUAUCCUGACUUUGUUUGACUGCCAUUUGUCUUAUAUUUAUUGUGUGCCGAGAGAAUGUAUUUAUUGACAAUCUGACACUUUGAGGAAGGCGAUAGCAAUGUAUACGAUAUGAUCGACAAUUACCGUAGCGUUAGAUAAAGCAAAUUUAGCUAACGCCAAUGAUGAUCUGUGAUCGAAUAUAGCUUCAUUGACAUUCGAUUUAAAAAGAAACACGAAAAAUUGCGAUUAUGAAAGUAUCAAUUUUCAAUACUUGAAAGUCAGUAAGCGAAAAAUAUGUUAAUGAAGUGAAUGUAUGAAAUCAAAAAUAUCGAUAUUCAAAAGAACCUGAAAAUUGUCAUUAAUUUUAAAAAACUUGAGUGAUUAAACCAAACUUAAAAUAAUGACACGAUGUCUGUACUCAAAUUUAAAUGUACCGGGUACGACAUUAAAGUUACAGUCAUUUUACGCAGCCAUACAAUUUGAAACUAUUUUUUAUUAAUGAUAGACUCAUAUGAUGUCGAAUUUCGACGAUUUUCAAUAAUUUAGAAAACAGUUAAUAUCUCUCUAACACACAAUAUGUUUUACUGAGAAGCAACUAUUAACGUCAUGUUAAGAAAUUUAUUGUACAUAACUAAAAGCAUUACAUGACUACAAUAUAUUACGUUUUGCGCACAAUGUGGGUAUGCACGUUGCGAAUUCGUAUGUGCUUUUCUAAUAAGUACAUGAGCAAUUAAUAUGUAAUAUACAAAUACA